CCGUUCAGUCACAAUAGUUCUCCACAAGAGAUCGUGGUAGGUUUAGUCACGCCUCCAGUGUUCACGACACAGAAAGGAGGAGGAAUUUCCUUGAUGUUAUCCACAACAAAAUGGCGAGGACUGUGUAUUAAUGUUUUUAUGUUAGCACUUUAUACGCGUUACACUUUUACUUUUUACAACCCAAACCUAUAACAUGUGAAGUCGGACAGUUUACAGACUCCUCCUACGUAAAUAUGAUCCGUGGACUUGUGCGGAGAUGAAACGACUGGAGAUUUUAAUAUCUUUAUAUGAACUAUUACUUCUAUAUAAAUAAUAAUAGUUGUUAUAUUAUACUUUCAAACCCGUAUAAACCCUUUCGUUCUCAUCGAGCAGAGCUUCAGCGAAACUGAAACGGCUCAAAGUCCUUCAACCUGUUGAUAGUUUCAGUGCCGGUUGAAGUUCAGCUCUGUGCGCUCCUCGGCUUAACCUUUACCUUUACCUCACAUCAAAUUAUGCUUUGUCACCGCUACUAUAGCGGGAUAAAGCCGUAAAGCGUUAAGGGUUAUAAUUUGUACCUGUCAAGACUUUCAGACACGUUGAAGCAGAUGCUUUCAGUUUACCCGUUUAAGGAGAAGAUCGUGCGGAAGGAGACCUAUCGUGGGAAGUAAAAGCUAAAGCUGAGAUCCAGUAUAACUUCAGCGAUCUGAAUCAUGGAACCUGCAGCAAAGCAGAAAGUGAUUUACAUCACCUACCUCAUCGCAGCCCUGGACAUCACCUGGCUCUUCCUCCAGUUCUCCAUAACACCGUAUUUGGCGAGGAGGCUCGGGUUCGAUACUAUUUGGUUCGGGUAUCUGCAGACCACAGUUGGAGUGAUUCAGCUGCUUGGAGGCCCUAUUUAUGGAAGGUUUGCAGAUAUAUUCGGAGCACGUGCAGCUCUCUCUGUGUCUUGUUUGGCGUCAGUGGUUUAUUUCCUGCUGUUGACAGUGGCAGACAACACUUUCAUGCUUUUUGUGCACAAACUACCUGCUAUUUUCAUGCACGCACUGCCAGGUGCUCAAAUGGUGGUAGCAGAUCUGACAGAGAAUGAGAAGCGAGCAGAUGCUCUCGGGAAACUCGGCCUCUGCUUUGGCAUUGGCAUGAUUGCAGGAUCAUCACUGGGUGGGACCCUCAGCACACGCUUUGGGGAAAAGUUUGCAGCAUCUUUUGCGGCUGUCGGGAGUUUUGUUUCCUUGCUGUUGGUGUUGAAAUUCAUCCCUAAACAGACCAAAACACAAACCGUUCCGGAGAGUAACAAGAAGGGAUCAUCAAAUUCCGUGUUUAAUCUGGGGGAGAUUACUAGACUGAUGAAGUUUCCUGGUGUUGCAAAGACUUUUACAGUGAAGAUUAUUUCUGGAUUACCAACAGGUAUAUUUCAAGUUAUGUUCUCCAUCAUUGCCAUGAACUUCUUCCAACUGAAGGCAGAGGAGAAUGGCUAUCUGAUGGCUUACUUUGGCAUAGUACAAAUGGUAAUCCAAGGUGCUGUAAUUGGGCGUCUUUCGUCUAGAUUUUCAGAGUAUACUUUACUGCUGGUCUCUGUUGCGCUGUCCAGUGCAGUGGGCCUUGCACAGGCUUUGAUGACCAAUGUGUUUCAUUUUUGUUUAAUCGUGAUACCGAUGAUGUUGUCUUUGAGUGUCUUCAAUAUCAUCACAGAUAGCAUGUUGACCAAGAGUGUGUCUCCAGCUGACACAGGAACCAUGCUGGGUCUGUGUGCGUCGGUGCAGUCUCUUUUACGAACUGUGGGCCCAACCAUUGGAGGAUACCUCUAUGAGACAUACGGUGUGCCAUCCUUCGGAUACAUCCAGUGUGUCAUUAAUGCUGCUGUUUUUAGCUUUCUUCUAGCCACUGGAGGGCGCUCACAUCCACACAGACCAUAAAAAUUGUGAAAUGCAUGAGUUGUUUAUGACUGUCCUGUUCAUGGCCUUAUUGUUUGAGAGAAGGCAGUUUACAACAAACUACGGGCAUUAAACUUACCUCCUCGCACACUGGGGAAGGACUUAGUCACAAAUAAUCCAUCUGAUUUCAGUUAUGUAAUACCAUAGACAUUUAAAAUAUCUUGCGUUACUGUCAAAUCAUUCCUCUUUAUAUCACAAGGUAGCUCAGGAUUUUUUUUAUGAAGCUUUAUAUUUAAAAAAAGAAGCUGGCAUGUAAAUGUCUACUGUAGGUCAGUACAAAGCAGUGCAGUAUGCUUUUAUCUGUCUUUUAUCAUCUCAAUAUUAUACAGUAAUUAUUCAUUAUAAUGAUGUUGCAUUUGUAGAACAUCAUGAUCCGUAAUUCAUAAUUUUGUAUCUGAAACUCUAUAAAUGAAUAUUAAGUAAAAUAUGUUUUAUUUAA